AUGAAAAUAUUGUGUGUUGUUUUCUUUGUUUUCUUAUUGUGUAGAAAAGAAGAGAAAUUGACGCCGAAAGCUCCAACGAGUCGCCGAAAGCUUAAGCUUCAGACAGAUCCGCGCCCAACUCCAUUACCACUCGAAGCCGGCGACUACGCUUCCGAUGCAUCAACGCUGCUCAUGGAAGCCCCCAUCGCGCCGAGUUACUCCAACGACCAUGUACACCCACCUCGAGCGCAGAUCCGACAAGUACCACACAAAUCCACGGCACCUCCUCCGAUGUUUCGGUUCGUCCACUUUUUGUUUUCCUUUUGUGAUACAUGUUGUUUUGUGUGUAUGCUGUUAUUGUUUCAGUUUGCCUUGGAUUGGAGAAGAACAACGAAGAAAGGAAAAACAUGA